GAAAGGGCAAGUCCAUACUGUGGACGCUCCCGGUGACCUUGUGCCCUCAAAACUGCGAACUCAUCAUGAAAGCGCCCUCAUUGUCAUUGUCUUGCCCUACUGGAAUUUAUCCGCUUCUUUUCCCCUUGUUCGAGUCAAACGAUGGGUGGCUUCUGAAGUCAACUUCUACUUUAAUUAUAUAUAUAUAUAUAUAUAUAUAUAUAUAUAUAUAUAUAUUCACGGUUAUUCUAAAACAUUGUAGAAGAAACCCAAUCCUACUAGCUGUUGGAGUUCGAUGCCGUUGACAAUUUUAUUGCAUAUUCCUAUAAGUUUUUGAAUAUUCCCCUUAUUUCUAGGCAAAUAUAAUUCGUGUAUAACUUAUAUGUAAUAGGGUGUGCAUAGGUUAAGCGAGGUCGGGGGUGGAUAACAUGGGCGAGCUCGGAUUUUCCUGGUCUGUUCUUGCUGUUCUGGGUUUGGUGCUGCACGCAGCAGUGUUGUGUAAUGGAGGAAUCACAAGCACUUUUGUCAGGAAAGUUGAGAAAACUAUUGAUAUGCCCCUCGACAGUGAUGUCUUCGAAGUGCCUCCUGGCUAUAAUGCGCCUCAACAGGUUCAUAUAACCCAAGGAGAUCUUCUGGGAAAGGGGAUUAUUGUGUCAUGGGUCACUAUGGAAGAACCUGGGUCAAGUACAGUUGUGUACUGGAGUGAAAAUAGCAAUCAAAAGAAAAUGGCAAAGGGCAAAUUAGUUACCUACAAAUUCUAUACUUAUACUUCUGGAUACAUUCAUCACUGCACCAUUAACAACUUGAAGUAUAACACCAAAUAUUACUAUGAAGUUGGGAUUGGGCAUACAGCGCGGACUUUCUGGUUUACAACUCCUCCUGAGGUUGGCCCGGAUGUUCCAUAUACGUUUGGUCUCAUAGGGGAUCUUGGUCAAAGUUAUGAUUCAAACAAGACACUUACUCAUUAUGAAUUAAAUCCAACUAAAGGGAAAACGGUGCUCUUUGUUGGGGACCUCUCUUACGCGGAUAACUAUCCGAAUCAUGAUAAUGUUAGGUGGGAUACAUGGGGACGGUUUUUGGAGAGAAGUGCUGCCUAUCAACCUUGGAUAUGGACUGCAGGAAAUCACGAGAUUGAUUUUGACCCUGAAAUUGGUGAAACUGAACCCUUCAAGCCCUAUACUCACAGGUAUCAUGUACCUUAUAAAGCAUCAAACAGCACGGCUCCCUUUUGGUACUCAAUCAAGAGGGCUUCAGCAUACAUAAUUGUCUUGUCUUCUUAUUCGGCGUACGGCAAAUACACUCCUCAAUACAAAUGGCUUGAGAAGGAGUUCCCAAAAGUAAACAGGAGUGAGACACCAUGGUUGAUCGUUUUAAUGCAUUCCCCAUGGUACAACAGCUACAACUAUCAUUACAUGGAAGGGGAAACCAUGAGAGUUAUGUAUGAGCCAUGGUUUGUACAAUACAAAGUAGACAUUGUGUUUGCCGGUCAUGUUCACGCAUAUGAACGAUCGGAACGUGUAUCCAACGUUGCUUACAACGUUGUAAAUGGCAUUUGUAGUCCUGUAAGUGAUCAAUCUGCGCCCGUGUACAUUACCAUUGGUGAUGGUGGAAAUCUUGAAGGCUUGGCAACCAACAUGACGGAGCCACAGCCAAAAUACUCAGCUUUCCGUGAGGCUAGUUUCGGUCAUGCCAUUUUCGAUAUUAAAAACCGAACUCAUUCUUACUAUAGUUGGCAUCGCAAUCAAGAUGGUUAUGCUGUAGAAGCUGAUUCCUUGUGGUUUUUCAACCGAUAUUGGCAUCCAGUUGACGAUUCUACAAGCGCCCAUUCUAAAUGAUACAAAGUUUUUUUUGUUAUGGAAUCGGGAAUAAAUAAUCCAAUUUAAAGUCAAUAAAGAUUUCUAACUUCUCUUC